AGCUCCGACAAUUCUGUAUCCAAAGGAAAUUGGCCUCAAAAAAGUUAGAUUCAGAUCAGGCAACCUACGAGGCCACAUGAUGUUAACUGGGGGCCUUGCAAACACACUACAUCAGACAAGUGAAGAUGGCGGAUGUGUUGAGUGUUCUUCGCCAGUAUAACAUUCAGAAAAAAGAAAUCGUCGCUAAAGGAGAUGAAGUUAUAUUUGGGGAGUUCUCCUGGCCGAAAAAUGUCAAGACCAACUACAUAAUCUGGGGUACUGGUAAAGAGGGCCAGCCCAAAGAGUACUAUACUUUGGACUCUAUCUUGUUCUUGCUCAACAAUGUGCAUCUCCCGCAUCCAUCCUAUGUCCGAAGAGCUGCAACAGAGAACAUCCCUGUUGUCAGGCGACCUGAUCGAAAAGGCUUGCUGUCAUAUCUCAAUGGCGAGAGUUCUACAUCAACAAGUAUUGACAGAAGUGCACCUAUAGAAAUAGGUUUGCAAAGGCCAACACAAGUCAAAAGAGCAGCGGACGAGGUAUCUUCUGAAGCCAAAAAACCAAGGAUUGAGGAUGAAGAGCGAGUGCGUCUGGAUAAGGAGCGGCUGGCUGCCCGUCUGGAGGGCCACAAAGAGGGCAUCGUGCAGACUGACCAGAUCAGAUCACUGUCUGAGGCCAUGUCUGUGGAGAAAAUUGCGGCCAUCAAAGCCAAGAUUAUGGCCAAAAAACGUUCCACCAUCAAAACGGAUCUGGAUGAUGACAUAACCCUGAAGCAGAGAAGCUUUGUGGAUGCUGAGGUGGAUGUCACCAGAGAUAUUGUCAGCAGAGAGAGGGUGUGGAGGACCAGGACAACUAUUCUCCAGAGCACUGGAAAGAAUUUCUCCAAGAACAUCUUCGCCAUUCUGCAGUCUGUGAAAGCCAGAGAAGAAGGGCGAGCACCAGAGCAGAGACCAGCACAGAACACUACUCAAGUGGACCCGUCCCUAAGGAACAAGCAGCCUGUCCCAGCUGCCUACAACAGAUACGAUCAGGAGCGGUUCAAAGGAAAAGAGGAAACGGAGGGUUUCAAGAUCGAUACCAUGGGCACCUACCACGGUAUGACCCUGAAGUCAGUGACGGAAGGAGCAUCUGCUCGGAAGGCCCAGACCCCAGCACUGCAGCCUGUCCCUCGUCCAGUUUCACAAGCCAGACCGCCACCUAAUCAGAAGAAAGGGUCCCGGACACCCAUCGUCAUCAUCCCUGCCGCCACCACCUCACUCAUCACAAUGCUCAAUGCUAAGGAUCUCCUGCAGGAUCUAAAGUUUGUCACACCAGAAGAGAAGAAGAAGCAGGGUAUCCAACGCGACAAUGAGGUUCUGCUUCAGAGGCGCAAAGACCAGAUCCAGCCCGGUGGCACAACACUAAGUGUCACUGUGCCGUACCGUAUCAUUGAUCAGCCGCUCAAACUGGCUCCACAGGACUGGGAUCGAGUGGUGGCUGUGUUUGUGCAGGGUCCUGCCUGGCAGUUUAAAGGCUGGCCGUGGCUGCUGCCUGAUGGAUCUCCUGUCGACAUUUUCGCUAAAAUUCGAGCCUUUCAUUUGAAGUAUGAUGAGGCAAAGAUAGACCCCAACGUGCAGAAGUGGGAUGUGACUGUCCUGGAGCUCAGCCGCCACAGGCGCCAUCUGGAUCGGCCCGUCUUCCUGCGCUUUUGGGAAACCCUUGACAGAUACAUGGUGAAACACAAAUCUCACCUCCGGUUCUGAGCCCAGAUCACAGCGUCCAUCUCCGAAAAUCCUACAAGUGAAUUCUUCGACCCUCCAACUCUCCUUGGUCCACCUCUUGCAGACGUAGCCCCUCUCAUCCGAGCUGCCAUCCCAUCUUCUAACAUGAUCCCCAUUGUAACAGGAGAAGCAGGACACAUUAUCCAGCGGAUUCCUCGGGGACUCCUAAUGAAAUGCGCUGGAUAUGUUGCUCUGGACACUGGAGGGGAGAUUUAGGGGAUUUUUGUGUUUUUGUUGUAAUUAUUUUCUAAUGUUUUCAUGAAGUAAAAAAAAAAAAAAUGUUUUAUAUAAAAAGGGCAACAUACUGUGGAAACAAUUUAAAUGCGGUAUUAAGCAAGAUAAUGGGGUCCGAGGGAGAGGAGAUUUUCAUUUUUUCUCUCUCAAUAAUACAGAAAAAAAAUUGUGAAUUCAGCUCAGAGAGAAACAUGAAAAUGACUCAUUGCAAACUAAACGGCCACUGACUUUGAGGAAACAGACUUCCUUUACACUUAUCUUUUUCUUUUGUUUUGGGUGUUUGUGGUCUGAAUGUACAUAUAUGAUAUGAUGAAACCUGUCAGAUCCAAAGUUUCUUUGAGCAGAGAGGACGACACAGGUAAGUGAUUUGUUAAUACUACUCUGCUCUGGCUCAAUGAGAUGAUCUCAGUCAAGUAGCACAUCUCUUGGUUAUGCAAUGACCUGGUUAAAGUUGUUUUCCUCUUUGUUGGAGUUGUGCUAGAGACGAGAAAUGAUAAAGUGUUGCUUUAAGUUGUCACAUGAAAAUAGACAAUAAAGCCUCAGAAACAAAUGUGUACAGCCUAUUGUAGAUCAUUAGUGUUCACUUUAUCAAUAUUAUUUUCCCUGUAGUUUAAUUACGUGCGUGUGUGUUUGUGUCGGCGUGUGUGAUAAGUAGGGUGGUUGGAAAAUCUGGCAUUGCGGCUGGUGUGAUCCCAGGUUGUCUCUUGUUUAGGUUUAAUUUGAAUGUAUGGGAAUGAAAACGUUUAAGGGUGACCUGACAAAGAGCAGUCCCUUUAGGAGACAGGAAACAAGGCUGGAUUACCAACAGGGCAAAGAGGGCAACUAUGCCUGGGCCCCAGACCUAGAGUCUAGGCUAGGGGACCCAAACAAUUCUGUGUGUCCGUUGCAUUUUAGUAAUUGUAUUACUUGUAAAUUUGUUUGGGAAUUAGCACCAGUAAAGUACAUCACUUUGCCAGGUGGUCAGAAACACGACUCCCUAUGAAUGCUAAUGCAGCUCCAUAUCUACUAGAUGUGUAAAGCGGGAACUGCUGCCAGAAAAUCAGAUUUAACUAAAUGUUUUAUACAUGAAUUUUCAAGAGCCAAUUUUUCUAUGGGGCAUCUAAUUAACAAUAGGAGGUUUUCCCACUACUUUUAGUAUCCCAGAAUGUAUUUGCAACUCAAUUCACAUCAGUGCUUAUAGGCCGGGAGCCAGGUCCACUCCUCAGGGUGCUUUUUUGCUACCUUUUUUUUUCACCAUUAUUUUCUAUUAUCUUUUACCUUGGGCCAUCACAAGUUGAUAACGACCACCCCUAUCUCAGCCCCGUUUGGUCUCGGGGGACCAAGAAACACCCUUUUUGGGAAAAGCUUUUGGCAGAAUGAUGUAAUUGUGAAUAUUAAGGUACUGCUGCUACAUAAAUGGUUAUAUAACCCUACAAUUGCACAGUGUAUCCUGACACAUAGGGGGAACUAGCAGAAAAAGAUUCUGGGGAUUGCUGCCUUUUUGCAGUCAAAUAUCACCCUCAACAUACCCCAAAAGACAAAAAAAAAAUGUCUGUCCCCCUGACAAAUUGUCAUCAAAGUUCUCCACUGUACCUCAAAUUGGAGAAAACAGAACUUUCAAGCAUUACCAUUCCAUAUGGGAUUAAGCAUAUUUUUUGCAUAUGAACAAUAUCUUAAACAAGAGUUGAGACUUGACUUAUGUACGGCUAUAUUAUAUGAAGUGAAUUGCAUGAAAAUGUAAUGGAAAAAAUGUUAUGCCCCUAGGUGGACUGGGGUCAGGGUGCAACAUAAGGUACAAUCACACAAAAUCAAUUAACCAAAUGUGAGAUUUAUUGAAGUCCACAAAGUCCUCGCAACACAAGGAAUAAAGAUGACUAGUGUGCAGUCUGUUAUCAAAAAGCCAACCUUCAAUUGAGUAAAUGUUAGUAACCUGUACAGGUAAACAUUCUUUACAGCCAAAUGGCAAGACUAAAAUAAAGCUCAAACAUAAAAUAGAAAACAUUUCUUUGGCUCUUAGAUCUUUUUGCUGCUUAUCCAUGCUGUAGUUUGACGACUGGUCAUGUUAGUGUAUUGUAUUAGUGUAGAAUAUAAACUCCAUUUUCCUCUUCCUCAUCUUCACUGAAUAAACUUUGAAUUCUGAUUAAGUA